CGGACAGGGAGCCGGGCCAGCUCCAUCGCACGCUCGCUUCUCUCCGUCCUUCGCAACACCACCACCCGCGCACCCUCACCGCACUGCACCGCGCAGCCACCUCACACCCUCAGCCGGGCGCCGCGCCCCUGCGGCACUGCCCCUCACCAUGGCAUCCUCCUCGGCGCAUCCGUACCUCGCGGGCAACUAUGCGCCCGUGAAGCGCGAGCUGCCGCUGACGCCGUGCACGUACACGGGCGCCAUCCCGCACGAGCUCGUCGGCGGCCAGUACGUGCGCAACGGCGGCAACCCCAGCGCCGACGCCGACGGCGAGCGCGACGCCCACUGGUUCGACGGCGACGGCAUGCUCACCGGCGUGCUCUUUGCGCGCCGCCACGACGGCAGCGUGCAGCCCGAGUUCAUCAACCGCUACGUCCUCACCGACGUGCUCAUGGCCACGAGUGCCUCCGCCACGCGCCCGAUCCUGCCGAGCAUCGCCACGCUCUCCUCGCCGCACGUUACGCUCUUCCGCGUGCUGCUGCACGUCGUGCGUGCGCUCUGGCUCUGCCUCUCGACGUUCCUGCCGUGGCACCCGGCCAAGCUGGCGGUGCAACGCAUCAGCGUCGCCAACACGAGCAUCUGGUGGCACGACGGCAAGGCGUACGCCGGCUGCGAGAGCGGGCCGCCGAUGCGCAUCCUGCUGCCCGGCAUGGAGACGGCCGGCUGGUGGACGGGCGCCGAGCACGAUCCGCAGUCGGCGCGCGGCUGGAGCAAGGCCGGCCUGGCGGGUCUCUUUGCCGAGAUGACGACGGCGCACCCGCACGUCGACCCCGUCAGCGGCGAGCUGCUGCUUUACCACAUGUCCUUCUUCGAGCCGUUCCUGCGCGUCACGGUCAUUCCGCCGCGGCAGCGCGCCGAAAAGGCGCCCGUCUGUCCGGCGCCGAUCAUCGGCCGCGCCGUGCCUGGCCUGGCACAGCCAAAGCAGAUGCACGACUUUGGCGUCUCGGCGUCACACACGCUCAUCCUCGACCUGCCGCUCUCGCUCGAUCCGCGCAACAUCGUGCGCGGCCGGCCGAUCCUGCACUACGACCACCUCGGCCCAACACGUUACGGCAUCUUCCCGCGCCACGCACCAGAAGCGGUUCGCUGGUUCGAGGAAGCACAGGCCUGCCUCAUCUUCCACACGGCCAAUGCCUGGGACGACGACGCCGCCGCCACCGUGUCGCUGCUGGCCUGCCGCCUCAACAGCGCCACGCUCAUCUACAGCGCCGGCCACACGGUGCCGCCGCCGCAUGCGCUGCCGCUCAACGGCGCGCCUGAGUCGUGUCGUUUGCACUACUGGCGCUUCACGACGGAUCCGUCGGACGCCUCGCUGCGCCCGCAGGCGUCCUUCGCGCUCUCUGCGAUUCCCUUUGAGUUCCCGACGAUGAAUCAGGCGUACUCGACACGCCGCGCAGACUUCAUCUACGGCGCUUCGAUGCGCUCCGGCUCCUUUGACGCCGGCCUCGGGCGCAAGUCGGCCAAGAUCGACUGCCUGGCCAAGAUCGACGCCGGCACGCUGCUGGCGCGUGCCGCCAAGAUGAGCGAGGCGGGCGAGACGCUCGGUGUCGACGACGUCGUCGAUGGCCGCACCGUGCAGGAGCUCAUCGCCGCGCAAGAGGCGGGCGAGGGUGCCGACUCCGCCGUGCGCAUCUUUGCCCUGCCCGAGCACCACUACGCCCAGGAGGCGACGUUUGUGCCGCGAGCCAACGCCACUGCCGAGGACGAUGGCUGGCUGGUCUUCUUCGUCUUCGACGAGAGCGCUGGUCUGGACGCCGACGGCGUGGCGCUGCCGAAUGCGCAGAGCGAGCUGUGGGUGCUUGAGGCGCGCGGCAUGCAAGACGUCGUGGCUCGCAUCCGUCUGCCGCAGCGCGUGCCGUACGGCCUGCACGGCCACUUCUUCGACGCCGCCGAGAUUGCGGCGCAGGAGCCGGUGCCGCACGAGGCGGUGCGGACGUGGGCUCGUGCUGCGACGGGCGGCGCCGCCUCUUCCGCCAUCGUCCCUGCGGCAGCGGCAUCGACGGCCGUCGUCGCUGCGGCGGCCUCGGCUGCCGUCGUCUCUGCUGCGGCGUCCCCGGCUUUCGUCGCUGCUGCGGCGCCGUCUGCCCUCGUUCCUGUCUCGACUUGAUACCACCGCCUCGCGGCCUGUACCAUAGCGCCUGUCUCGUUCCUGCUCCACACUUGCAUUUGUCACACCACACACACGCGACACUAAUCCACACAUCUGACCCACG